AAUAAAAUCAAUUUUGACAUUUUGAACAUAUGCUUGACAUUUAUGUUUACGUCGCGAUUGUAAGGCGCUAAAAUUUUUGAUUUACGUUUAAUUGAAAAAUAAAUAUAUUAAAGACAGUUGUUAUGAACUAAAUAAACUAGAACGAAAACGAUGGAAGAAGAAAAACUUAUCCGAAAGAAGAAAAAAGCACUAAAUGGAAGUAACAGGAGGGCUUUAGCUGAAGCCUGUAAUGAUUUAGCGACUUAUUAUUACAAAAAUAACCGCUACGACGAUGCUUUGGAAGAGUAUAAAAGCGAGGCAUCAAUUUGUAAAGAGUUGGGCCUCCGAAUGGAAUGGGGCACUUGCAACAGGAUGAUUGGCGAGAUGUACAUGCUCCUAGCAGAGUUUGAUAAGGCUUUGAAGUUCGAAGAACGACAUUUGUCUGUAGCCAAGGAAUUUAAGAAUUUAGUUGAAGAGCAAAGAGCCAUGGCCACAUUGGGUAGGAUAUAUUUGCUGCAAGGUCAAAGCACCUGUGAUGAGGAAGAAGCUAAAAUAUCUCUCAAAGCUGCUGAAAAAGCAUUCAUGAAAAGCCUUGUGUUGUGUGAAAACUUAAGUGGCAAAGUUACAAAACAUGAACUGAUGGAUAUGAGAGCCCGACUCCUAUUAAACAUUGGUGUUGUUCAAGAACACUUAGGGUCCUUAGACAAGGCAAUAGAAUGUAUCCACAAAUCCAUCACAAUAUGCAGCAGUCAAGAUUUGUAUGAGGUUUUACAUAACUGCUACACUACGGAAGCUUUGUUGCAUAGUAAUAAGAAGAAAGAUUAUGCCAAGGCUCUGAGUUGCUUGAACAAAGCCCUUGAAGUUGCCAGCAGGCUUGAAGACAAGGUUCUCAAAACAUGUGAAACAUUAUCUUCAAAGGCGGAAAUAUUGUGCAAAAUGUCAGAUUAUCAAAGUGCUAAACAGGUGUUGUUAAAGGCUUGGAAAUUGAAAACUCCUGAUGAGGAUGAGAGGGUUAACAUUGAGACUAAUCUGAGAGUUGUGGCCGCUAUGUGUUACACAGAAGAUCUUCUAGUAUCAACUGUUCCCUCAGACCAUAUUACCUUCAAGAAGCUGUAUGAAAAGCUAGGAGAUGGUGCAUGCCACCUCAAGAACUAUGCGGGCGCAGCAGAAUACUAUCUUAAAAUGCUGGAUCAUGCAGUGUUAGCCGGAGAUUGUGGAAAAACACUUAUUCCUAUUUAUGUCAGUUUAUAUCAAACAUACAAAGACAUGGGAUCUUACAAUGAAGCCCUUAUGUACUAUGAGAAGGAAUAUGAAUUGAUUAAGGAUGUGCCUAAAGAGUCUUUUACCACAUUGUACAAUAUUGCGGAGACCUUAUUCCUGGCCAAGAAACCUUAUGACCAGGUUGAGAAGGCUUGCUUGGAAGCCAGGAAUGCUGCGCGUGAAUGGAAUAAAAAAAAAUAUGAAAUAAGGGCGCUAAAAAGUCUCCUCAAAUACCAAGAAGAAUAUUUUGAAACUGAAAAAGUUGAAGACACUAAGGCCGAGCUUAGAGCUUUGGGUUACAACAAUUUUGAUAGUCUAGAAAAUUCUGAUGAUGAACAAAGCUCGGCAGGGGGUGGUGAUGAUGAUACCACGCAUAUUGGUGAUGAUAUUUGCUUGGAUGAUCUUACAGAUGUAUCUGACACAAAUGAAGAAGAUGUCACAGAAACUAAACGUGAAACUAGAAAACGUGGCAAAGGAUACUCUAUCAAGAAGAAUAUGAAGGGAGAAACACAGCUGCAUGUGGCAUGUAUAUCAGGAAACAAACUACUAGUAGACAGAUUGAUAGCUAAAGGUCAUCCAGUAAAUAUAAGGGAUAAUGCGGGCUGGCUACCGUUACACGAGGCUUGUAUCCAUGGUCACAUUGAAAUCGCUAAUAUAUUGAUCAACAACGGAGCUAAUGUUAAUGAUAGAGGAGGAGCUAAUUGUGAUGGUAUAACACCCCUCUACGAUGCUGCUAGUAAUGGCCAUUUACAAGUUGUACAAUUACUAAUAGAUAAAGGUGCUAUACCAUCAUUAAAAACUGAUUUCGGUGAAACACCCUUACAUGUUUUACAAAAAUGGCGAGCCGGUACAAUACUCACUAAAGACGAAGAAACACUUUACAAUAACAUAUGCAAUAAGAUACAUAGUCACAUCGACAAGACUAAUGCCGAUAUAGUAUUGAAUAGAUCGAAAUCCAAAACUCCAAUUAAGGAACCAAAAGAAGUGACGCCGCCUAGUACUUCAAAAAGUAUCAAUCGAAUUAAGGAAUUAGAUUCACCAGCUCUGAGAAGGAGGAAUAUUAUUGACGAUGACAGCGAUGAAGAGAUAAAUCUAUCACAGAAUGUCAGAAGGGAAAUCGCCUUUCCAUCCGACGAUUCCGAUUCAGACGAUGCUAAAAUAAUUAAAAGUAAAAAUGACAUAUCUGGAGUAUUGGAGUACAGAAGUGCAAUAUCGGCAUUAAGAAAUAGAGUUACAGAUGAUCUUCCCGAAGUGAAUGUAAAGAACACUAAACCGAAACCAGCUUUGUUAAACCCAGAAGAAGUAGACGAUGAUUGGCUUGAAGAUGACAUGGGAAUCAACAAAACGAAGAAGAGAAAACUAACUGACCCUCUAACAGUUGUUGCAAAGAAACCUUCGUACGAGAGUAUCAAAGACUCGAUUGACAGUAUAAACAAGAUGACAGAACCACUCGUUGAUAGUAAUAGAUUGAAGCAAAAGAAAUCCCGCAUAAGUGACAUUAUAGACGUGAGCGAGAAUAGUUCAGAUUCAGAUAACUUCCAGAAAAAUGAAAACGUGUGUCCGAAAAUAAGCCCAUCUGAAUCCAUGAGGAACAUAACUAGGGAACUUAACGACUCCAAAAAUAAAGACAGCAGAGAAAAUAUGAAACGAAGAUGGAAACGACAAAGCACCUUAUUAAAGGCCGGAUUUCGUAGAAAAAGAGACGAUUUCGAUCAAUCAAGUAAUAGUGGGAGUGACAAUGAAUUCACAAGGAUCCCUUCUAAAAGAUCAACUCCCACAGGAACUUUCUCCCGACAUGGGUCAGGAGAGAAUUUCAACAAUUACAAUGAAGGAUUUAAUAUAGUCCAAAACAUAAACCCUAAUAUAGUCCAGCCUAUGAAUGUGAUACAGCCUAUAAAAAUAAUGCAAUCAAAUAAAAAUGGAAGACCAGUACAGACACAAAUACUGCCGCCCGCGGCUGUUAAAGUUCACAUCGAGGACAAAACAUUACUUAUUUCUUUGAAAUUGGACGCAAUAAAUAGAUUGACAAUCAGCUGGCUGGUUGAAGAAGUUAAAAGUCGAUAUUAUAAAUUAACAGGUGUAAGACCAGUGUUUAGUCUGAUGACGCUAGAUGGUGCGAUAUUGUCGGAGGAGGAUCCUUUGAGCCUAGUGCUCUCAUCUCCUGAGUUGAAGACUUGUAUCACCAAUUGGAAAGCGUCGCCAGCUGAGGAACGAUAUUUGGAGUGUUGCGAGGCUUUGGGAGUAUCACCAUCUGAGGAAAUCCAACAAGCUGUGGGGCGGAGUCAUACCACCCGCAGACUGGCGCUAGGAGCGAAAACACUACCACCAUCACAAAUGAGACCUUUAUUCCGAGCACUCACGCACCAAUCUCACAUCACUGCGAUCAUGAUAUCAGACAACAACCUAGGAGAUGCUGGCCUCAAACAUUUGACCGAAUGUUUGUGUACAUUAAAACACUUGACGCAUCUAGAUGUUAGCCGAAACAACGUCAGUGGCGAAGGCAUCAAAACGUUCGCGAAUAUGUUUGAAAAAUCUACAAGGCCAGUGUGCCAAACGCUUGAAGAGUUGGAUUUGAGUGCGAAUCCGAUAUCGGAUGACGGUUUUCGAAGUGUUGUGAAAAUAUGUCAAUAUGUGAGAUUAAGAGUGUUGAAGCUAAAUAAUUGCAAUAUAACUAGUAAUGCAAUGUGUAAUAGUGCUAUAAAUCAAUCAAACAAAAUGAAUUUAGAUAACAUAGAAUCUGUAGAUAUAAGUAAUAAUGAUUUGAAGCAACCAUUGGCUUGUUGUUUGCUGACGUCGUUGAAUCCAAAUGUAUUGGUUGAUUUGGAGAUGGAUAAUACAGGAGUGAUGGCCAAUAUUGUGGGCACUAUUGCGAGUUUCAUGGACACCGCGAAAGAAUUGAAGAUCAGGCGAUUCGGCUUGUCAAAUUGUAAUUUGGCAGAUGGACAGUUUAUGAGGAUAUUCAGGAGUCUAGGCCGCGCGAAGCACUUACAAACAAUAACACUGAAAAACAACGCGCUAACUUUCAUCACAUUAAAGAAAUUGCUCCAAAGGCAGCCACCAGUACCACAAAUAAACCUAGAAGGGUGUCAGGACAUAUUCAAAUAUUCUCCAGACUCAGAUUUCCAUGUUUGGCUACCGGCCAUCGACUUCGGAAGGUGUAUACCAGAGAUCAAUGUGACUCCUGUAUCCAAAAGUGAUGCAGAGAGAGAAAGUUACAAGUCAUUCUCGAAGACUUGGUUGAACUGCUUUAAAGGCAGAGGUAUUAUAGAACAUUGUGAUGGUGGUGUAAUUAAGUUUACUGCUCGGUGAAAUUGCUUGAGUUGUCAAUGCCUGGAGACUUAUAUACUCACUAAUAUUCCAUUAUUAUAAAAGAGAGAAUAGGGUAGUUGAGACAUGUUCUGACACAGUAUUGAUGGAAAAAAAUAUCCCAAAAUGUUACUUCAUUUUGGUAAUUUUUAGCUGAUGAGAUCAUAUUUUUUAUUUUACAUACAUUUAAUACAGUUUAAACUUAACAAUAAAUAGCAAAGAUUUAGAUUCGCGUCAUAUUUUAAUUCUUUGCAAUUUUUUUAUAUCCAACCAAAUGUUAUUUACACUGAAUUAUUUGCAAAUUCUUCAACCCACCACACUAUGUUAAGUUAACUAUUUAAUCAUAAAUGAUUUGAACAGAGAUUGUCUUAGUAUAAGAGUAAUGUACUGUACAUAGUUGUAUCAUCUUAAAAAAUACGGUCAAAUGGGGUGAAUAGGGAUGAAACUGCUCACCUGAUUAAGAAACAGAUAUAUCAAACAAACUGUUAUAGCUUGUUUAAUGUUUAUCGCCAACAUUAUAGAAAUAUUUAUUAAUAAUUAUGAUGUGUGGAUUCGCAGAAUUCAAUUUGGUUGUACUUACAACUACAAAGUACCUGUUCCAUCCCUAUUAACCCCAAUUGAUGGUUUAUUGCAUUUAGUGCCUUAUUGACAUUAAGUGGCCUUAAUAUUUAAAGAAAUUAGUUCCAGUGAUAUCAACAUAUUGUGUCUCAAUGACUGCUAAACUACAUAUAUAAUGGUCAUUUAAUUUUUUAUGUAUACUCUGACUAAUGAAUCAUAACAAUUAAGCGAAAAGGUGUCUUCAAAAUCUAAAGUGAAGUCGAUAAUAGUAAUUGGAACUAAUAUUUUGUUAACCUCCUAACAAUUAAAAGACUGAGUCUACACUGGCAAUUGAUACAGAUAUUAUUAUAAUGCACAAACAUACGACUUUAUUUCCAAUGUUUUUCAAUAAAUUCGGUAAUUUAACCUUUUAUCCUAAUAAGGAUGAGUUGAUAUAUAUUUUUUUAAAUGCUCGCUCUCCGCCCUUUACGGUUUGUAUUUUACGCCCGUUUUCAAUAAACGAUCUCAAUCUUUAUCUUUGAUCCCAUCCCGAGAAUACAUCAAUCACAAUAAGUCAUCGCGUAAACGGUUGCGACAUCGGAAUUGUCAGUUUUGACAACUGUCCUUGGACCUUAUGCGUCGGCGCGUAAAAAUGCGCGAUUCUCAACAUUAUAGACGAUAUGUGUCAUAAACAAUGUAAUAAAUCAUGGAUUCUGUGAACGGUGUUAUAUUCAUAAAAAGAUUUUAAAUAUGGGUACAUCCAUUAUAAAAAGUUUAAAUUACGAUUUCAGUUUGUUAGCAUGUCAAAACACUUCAUUCUGAUUGGUAAAUUUUCGCGAUGGAUCAAUAAAAGCGAUUGGGAUCGGUUAUUGAAAUUGGCGGAUAGAUGAUAACCGUACAAAACGGAACAUAGCAUGUUUAGUUGCAUUGCCCGUUCUCGUUGGAAAAUAUUAGAUUUAUACCUGUCGAUAUGAGUAUUUGCAGGACUAUUGUUAAUUUAUUUAAUUAUUUAAUUAAUAAGAUACAUAGUGGCUCACCGACCCGUACCUAUCCUACUAUUGUUUAUUGUGGUCUAAAUUGACUCCCGUCCCCCAAAAAUUGUGAGCAGUUGGGAGAAGUACUUGCCCAUCCGUGGGACUUUAUAGGCUAGCUAAAUUUGUAAGAUAUGUCUAAUAUAAAUCUAGUAGAAUAUUUGACUAUCAGAAUAUUAUUGUUGCUUGAACAAGUAUGAAAUUUGUGUAUGUAGAUUUUUAGGUGUUGUACAUAUCACGCAGAAUUAAAACAUUUUUUCUAAAUA